UCGGCGGCGGCCGGAGCGGGGAGCGGAGCCCGCACCGCGGCCCCGGAGCGCCGCAUCCCCGGGAGCCCGACAGCGAGACUGCGCGGGGGACAGGAGCGGGCAACCCCCGCAAAAACACCCGAAACCCCCCAAAACCCCGGCUGAUUCUCUGGCUGAAGCUCGGCUCCGCAUCCCGGGGCUCCGCAUCCCGGGGCUCCGCAUCCUGCGCCUUCAUAUCCCGGGGGGUUCCAUCCGCGGCUCCGCAUCCCGCGGCUCCAUCCCCGGCUCCGUAUCCGGGGCUCCAUCCCCGGGGCUCCAACCCCGGGGCUCCAACCCCGGCUCCAUCCCCGGGGCUCCAUCCCCGGGGCUCCAACCCCGGCUCCAUCCCCGGCUCUGCGGGCUCAGCAUGGGCGGAGGAGCCCCGCGCCUGCACCGGCGGCUGCUGCUGCUGCUGCUGGGGCUGUGCAGCUGGACGGCCGCUCUGCGAGGACAUGAGAACAGCGAGGCCCUGCCCGAGUCCAUCCCCUCGGCGCCAGGGACCCUGCCCCAUUUCCUGGAGGAGCCGGACGAUUCCUACAUCAUCAAGAGCAACCCCAUCGUGCUGCGCUGCAGGGCCGUGCCCGCCAUGCAGAUCUUCUUCAAGUGCAACGGGGAGUGGGUGCACCAGAACGAGCACGUGUCCCGCGAGAGCCUGGACCAGGCCACGGGGCUGAAGGUGCGGGAGGUUUCCAUCAACGUGACGCGGCAGCAGGUGGAGGAUUUCCACGGCCCCGAGGAUUACUGGUGCCAGUGCGUGGCCUGGAGCCACCUGGGCACCUCCAAGAGCAGGAAGGCAUCGGUGCGCAUCGCUUAUCUACGGAAGAACUUCGAGCAAGACCCCCAGGGCAAGGAGGUUCCCAUCGAGGGGAUGAUUGUCCUGCACUGCCGGCCCCCCGAGGGCGUCCCCGCGGCCGAGGUGGAGUGGCUGAAGAACGAGGAGCCCAUCGAUUCCAACCUGGACGAGAACAUCGACACCAGGGCCGACCACAACCUCAUCAUCCGCCAGGCGCGCCUGUCCGACUCGGGGAACUACACCUGCAUGGCUGCCAACAUCGUAGCCAAGAGGAGGAGCCUGUCAGCCACCGUGGUGGUCUAUGUGAACGGGGGCUGGUCCUCGUGGACGGAGUGGUCCAGCUGCAACGCGCGCUGCGGGCGGGGCUGGCAGAAACGCUCGCGCACCUGCACCAACCCCGCGCCCCUCAACGGGGGAGCCUUCUGCGAGGGCAUGUCCGUGCAGAAAAUCACCUGCACCUCCCUCUGCCCCGUGGACGGCAGCUGGGAGGUGUGGAGCGAGUGGUCAGUGUGCAGCCCCGAGUGCGAGCACCUGCGCGUGCGGGAGUGCGCAGCGCCCGCGCCCCGCAACGGCGGCAAACACUGCGAGGGCCUGAGCCAGGAGUCCGAGAACUGCACUGAGGGGCUCUGCAUCCAAGACGUGGAGCGCGGCGGGGACAUCGCGCUGUACUCGGGGCUGGCGGCGGCGGUGCUGGCGGUGGCCGUGCUGGCGCUGGGGGUGACCCUGUACCGGCGCAGUCAGAGUGAGUACGGCGUGGAUGUCAUUGAUUCCUCUGCACUCACGGGAGGCUUCCAGACUUUUAAUUUUAAAACAGUCAGACAAGGUAACUCCCUGCUCCUGAACUCGUCCCUGCAGCCUGAGCUGACGGUCAGCAGGACCUACAGCGGCCCCAUCUGCCUGCAGGACCCCCUGGACAAGGAGCUGAUGACCGAGUCCUCGCUCUUCAACCCCCUGGCCGACAUCAAGGUCAAGGUGCAGAGCUCCUUCAUGGUGUCCCUGGGCGUCACCGAGAGGGCCGAGUACCAUGGCAAGGCCCACCCCGGCACCUUCCCCCACGGCAGCCCGCGGCCCUUCGGGACCCUCCAGGCCAGGAACAAGGCCAUGUUCAUCCAGCACCUGGCCUCCAUCUCCAGCAGCAGCGAGCUCAGGAGCUCGGCCCUCUUCGGGCACCUGGGGGGCCGCCUGGUGGUCCCCAACACAGGGGUCAGUCUGUUGAUUCCACACGGGGCUAUUCCUGAGGAGAGUUCCUGGGAAAUCUACCUGGCCAUCACCCAGAAGGAGUCCAGCCUGGAGCCGGAGGGCCCCGAGGUGCUGCUGGGGCCCGAGGUGAGCUGCGGGCCCCCCGAGCUGGCGGUGAGCACCCCGUGCGCCCUGAGCAUCCCGCACUGCGCCCACGCCGACCCCCAGCACUGGAGCAUCCGCCUCAAGAGGAGGACGCAGCAGGGCAAGUGGGAGGAAGUGAUGUCUGUGGAAGAGGAAACUACUUCUUGCUACUGCCUGUUGGAUCCUUAUGCCUGUCACAUUCUCUUAAACAGCUUUGGAACUUAUGCCCUAAUUGGGGAACCCAUCUCAGACUGCGCCGUUCGACAGCUGAAAGUCGCCGUUUUUGGCUGCCUGUCUUGCAAUUCUCUGGAUUACAAUCUGAGGGUUUAUUGUGUGGAUAACACCCCUUGUGCAUUCCAGGAAGUGGUUUCAGAUGAAAGACUCCAAGGGGGGCAAUUGCUGGAGGAACCCAAACUUUUGCAUUUUAAAGGCAACACCUGCAGCCUGCAGAUCUCAGUGCUGGACGUUCCUCCCUUCCUGUGGAGAAUCAAACCCUUCACUGCCUGCCAGGAGGUGCCGUUCUCCCGCGUGUGGCGCGGCAGCCCCCGGCCCCUGCUCGGCGCCUUCUCCCUGGAGCGCUUCAGCCCCGCCACCACCCAGCUGUGCUGCACCGUGUGCGUCAGGCAGCUGCAGGGCCACGAGCAGCUGCUGCACGUCCAGACCUCUGUCCUCGAGACUGAGAGAGAAAACAUCACCUUCUUUGGCCACGAGGACAGCGCCUUCCCCGCCCAGCUGGGCCCCAAGGCCUUCAAGAUCCCGCGCUCCAUCCGGCAGCGCAUCUGCGCCACCUUCGACGCGCCCAGCGCCAAGGGCAAGGACUGGCAGAUGCUGGCCCAGAAGAACAGCAUCAGCAGGAACCUCUCCUUCUUCGCCACCCAGAGCAGCCCCUCCGCCGUCAUCCUGGACCUGUGGGAGGCUCGGCACCAGCACGACGGGGACCUGGACUCGCUGGCCUGUGCUCUGGAGGAGAUUGGCAGGACACACUCCAAGCUCUCCGAGGGGGCAGAGCCCGAGCUGGAGGAGCCCGAGUUCCCCUGCAGCAGGAAGGGCCUUUAGCCCCCCUGCCCCGCCGGGACAGCCCAGCCCUGAGCCCGGGCCGGGGGACAGGAGGGUUUGUGGGGAUGGAACCCACCCCACAGCAGAGCAGCGGGAGGAGCAGAACCAGCCCUGCUAAAAACCCCUCUGGUGAUGAGGAAAACGAGCUUCUCCCUGCCCUCCUCCACUUAAAAUCCGUCUUUUGGUGCCCCAAACAAACCUGCACUUGUGUCAGUGCCGGGGCAGGAGGGAGAGGGACACAGAGCCAUAAGAGGUAAAUGUUAUUCUGUAUUUAGGAACAGUCAUGUUCGUGUACUGCCUAGUGAAAAUCAACAAAUAAUGUUGGAUAUUUCGAGCCACUGGAGGUUGGUCCUGGUUAAAAGGUUUCUCGCUUCGAGAGUGGUUUAAAAUCCCAUCACGUUGUCACUUUAUGUCUGCUACAGGAAAACUGAAAAUUUGGCCUUAUCCUGUUCAGAUGUUUGAGGAAUUAGAAGAUUUCAUCAUUAUUUCAUAUCAUGUGUAUUCCAAAUAAUUUGUUUUAAAAAUUCAGCCCCUUAAUGAAUGUAUGUUUGCUGCAGAGCUUUGCUGCCUGCUCUGUUACCAAAAUUCCAGAACAAACCCCUUCUCUCUGAGACUGGGGGGUGUGCACACGCCAGAGGAAUUUUCUAAUUUUCUACGUCUGCAAACUUUCUUAGUCAAAAAACUGUCUUUGGGGGUGGAUUUAAAUAACCAAAUAACACAGGGGAAAUUUCCAGCCCUAUUUUAGCACGUUGAGACAUUCAUUUUUAUUCAUUUUUAUUACUUCAUGCUCUGUGGCUGAGCUGAAGGUGAAGGCAACCAGCACAGCUUCAUUUUGGUUUGGUCUGGUUUCAGACUGAGACCACAAACCCUACACGGCACUGCCAGCACUGGCCUUGAUUUCGUUGCACAAUUUGGGAAUUUCACGGGGUGCAGAGCUGGCUGUGUUACCUUGGUUUAGUUACAAAUUGCAUUUACCCCCAAAAUCAGAAUCUAACUGGAGAAUUCGCCUCGAUUUUUACCCAUUCCAUACAAAUAUGAUUUAUGACUUCAACCCAACAGAAAAGAGUGAGCAAGGGCCUGGUGGAGCUGGUACUGAGCCAAAUGUCACCGUUAUUUUGACCAUUCUUUUCACUCCCAUCCUUCACCAUAGCCGAGUGCUCCUCAGCCCAUGGGGCUGCCAGGGCACAGUCAGGAGAAACAGGAACAGAAAUGAGGCUUUGGGAGCUUUGUGGAAAUGCAGGAACCCCAAACCAAAGACUUGGGGGCUGUUUUAGCCUUGUGUUUGGCUGAGAGCAGCACGACAGCCCCCAGGGCAGGUCCAGCCUGUAACUCCUUCACUCAGGACUGUGAAAAUCUGAACAACAAUGAGAUCAACAACAGCAACACCAGCUCUGUCCUUGCUCCUGCUGCUCUGAAAUCACCAAUGUUGCUGCCUGUCUGGCUCAGGAAUAGGUGGAGACUUGGAAAUCCUGGGAAUCCUGAGAUCCAUGCAAACCUUCCCUGCAGCUCAGCACCUCCCGCAGCCCGGCAGAGGCUCCUGGCGCAGGUUUAGGGGCAGACAGAAAUACCGGCUGCAAGCUGUCACUGCUUUCAGCAGCACACGCUCCCCCAGCUCUGUCUCAGUGACUGCCAGUCCUCCUCCUCACAAACCUGUUCUUCGCCGGACAAAAUGUCAGGCAUCAGAAAAACAAAACAGGAGAGGCGCCCAGGGAAGGAGCGCUGCGAGCUGCUGCUGUCGGGGAAACCAGCCCGUUCUGCCUGCAGCAGGAGCUCCUUCCAGUGCCCAAGCAGCUCUGCCCCGGGCAGGCUGGAUUUGUGUGCCCGGGGAGCUCCAGGGCAUUCCUGGUGCUGCAGGGCCCUCCUGGAGCUGCAGGGCAUUCCUGGGAGCUGCAGGGCAUUCCCAGAGCUGCAGGGCAUUCCUGGAGCUGCAGGGCACUCCUGGAGCUGCAGGGCACUCCUGGAGCUGCAGGGCACUCCCGGAGCUGCAGGGCACUCCUGGAAGCUGCAGGGCAUUCCUGGGAGCUGCAGGGCAUUCCUGGAGCUGCAGGGCAUUCCUGGGAGCUGCUGGACAUUCCAAGUUCUGCAGGGCAUUCCUGGAGUUGCAGGGCACUCCUGGAGCUGCAGGGCAUUCCCAGAGCUGCAGGGCCCUCCUGGAGCUGCAGGGCACUCCCGGGAGCUGCAGGGUGUUCAGGUGCUUCAGGGCAUUCCUGGAUCUGCAGGGCAUUCCUGGGAGCUGCUGGACAUUCCAAGUUCUGCAGGGCAUUCCAGGAGCUGCAGGGCAUUCCUGGAUCUGCAGGGCAUUCCUGGGAGCUGCUGGACAUUCCAAGUUCUGCAGGGCAUUCCAGGAGCUGCAGGACAUUCCAGGAGCUGCAGGGCAUUCCAGGAGCUGCAGAGCAUUCCAGGAGCUGCAGGACAUUCCUGGGAAUUUCAGGGCAUUUCUGGGAGCUGCUUGCUCCUCUCUGCUGUCCCAGCCCCCGGGAGCUGCCCCCACGCCCUAGAGGAGCCGCAGGAGCUGCUGGGCUCUGCCCCUGCUGCCCCUCCUCGGGGCACAGCCGGGUUCUGUCCGGACCUGGCAGCUCUGCAGAGCCUCCCAGGGCAGCACACCCCGCUCAGAGGGACCCCAGCCUGCCCCAGACUCCCCGAUCCACCCACAACCCCAUGGAUGUCAUGUUGUGGAAGGGGAUAAAUGUCCAAAGUGGGCAAUUCCAGAGGGAAGCUGUUCCCCGUGCCUGGGGCACAGCUCAGUUGGAUGUUGCCCUUUCGGUUUUUUCCCUGGUUUUUCUUCCCUUUGCCCAAAGCAGGUUGCUUUGCAGCUGAUCUCACUCUUUGGGAACCUGAAUCAACAACCCUCGAGUUUUCCUUCCUAUUCCUGACUGCUUUGAUGCUCUUGUGUUCUUCAAAUGAACCAGAAAUGCCACAAAUAUUUAUUUCCUUUCUUUCUUUCUCCUAAAAAGACCUUUUGGAAAUCUGUGCACGUAUUCAUAUGGUUUGACCCAAAACACAGAUGUGGAGGAGCACCUGGAAAAAGAUUAGAGGCCAGAAAUUAAAAAUUCAUUCCUUUCUUCUGUUGUAUAAAUUAUGAUAAUUGAAAAACAAUUUUCCCGAGGUAGAAAGCAAAAGAAAGAGAAAUGUGAAUUUUGCCUCUGCAGAUUCCACAUGGCUGCCCUGGCUCCAUUCAGGGGAAAGAGCCAUUCUGAUUUUACAUCACCAAAGAAUCUGCUUUAAUAGAUUUUCAUCUUCCUGAGCACUUUGCCCAGGUAUUUCUGUGCCAUGACUCAUUGCAGACUAAUGGCUGCAUUUUAAAAAUGACUCCCAGCUCCGCCAGCACCAUAAAGCUCAUUUCCAUUUCGUACCGCCCUGCACUCCCACAGAAAUUUUAUUGGGAUUUUUGUAAUAGAUGAAGAGAUAUCAACACAAUUCUCUUACAAUCCAGCAAACUGCUUUUGUCAUUGUUUUUAUCUCUGGCCACAGCUGCUCUCCCCCUCUCUGGCCUGGGCUCUGCUGCUUUCAGAGAAUCUUAUUCAGCAUAAAUAACCAGAAAGGGAUCCUGCAGGGCCCAGGAUAUUCACAUCACACUGCAACUCCAUUCUUCUUUUCCACCUGCAAGGCAGUGCUGUGUGAGUUUUAAAGCAUUCAAUAACUGAUCAAUUCCAAUUUUCCACAAAAGGGAGACACAGCUCAGGUCCACGGGAAGUUUAACAAGGGAGGGACCAGGCUGGGCUUCUGGUCACCACCUGAAUCUUCAUUUUUCAGGCUGUUUCUGCCUGUAAAACACAGAUUGCAGCAAAGAGCUGUGUUUGUUCUUGGCUGGUAAUUAACUGAGAGGAAAAUGAGAUUUGAAGUCCUUGACAACCGUGGAGGAUCUCCAGGGCUGCGUCUCUGGCCUUUCCUUGGCUGAUGCCCCCAGGGUUCUCUCUCACCUGUGGCACAGCAGGAGAGGGCGAACAUCCUUCACCCAGAGCCUGCCCAUGGUUUCCCAGGGGUGGCUCACUCCUGGCAUGAGCUUUGGUGAAAUUCCUCCCUGGACACUGUUCCAGCUCCAGCAGGGGCUGGGGCGUGCACAGACCUCCCUGCCCAGCCCCAGGAUUUGGGUGGAAUUGGUGAAGUUUGGGGUGCCCUGCACCCAGCCUGGCAGGGCAGGAGGGGAACAUUUGGGGGUUCCUCCCUUGGCCCUGGCAGAGUGGAACAUCCAGCCCCUGCCAGCCCUGUGCUGGAAUUGGGAAUAUUGACCCAUGGCUGGGAUAACUCCUCAAGGAAUUCCUUCAGGUGUCCCUUGUCUGGGCACUGGAGGGGGAAGGAGGAAACCCCAAAGCCCAGCCCCACAUUUUUAGGUGAAGCUGUGAUUUUUCCAUCCUUUCCCCUCUCAGCCCCAACCCCGGUCCCCCCAGGGCUCCGGAGUGCCUGUCCCAGCUGGGCAGGGCACACACAAACCUGGCUCACAGACUCAGCUUUGGGAACAGCAAACUCCAUCCCAUCCACCUCCCCGUCCCGCUGUGGCUCCGUCCCAGCGGAUAAAAGCUACAAAAAUGUGAAGUGUUCUCCUUCUGUCCAUUUGGAGAAGAUAAAACGUGGUGCUGGUCAGUCUGGUGAGACUCUGAGCCGUGUCAGACAAGAGAUAACAAAAUUUGCAUUGCAUUUUCAACUCCCACAACAUUGGACCAGCUCUUAGGUGAAAAUGGGAGGAGGAACUUCAAUGCAGUUCAACACAAAAUAGAAAUAACUCCUAAAAAGAGAAAAAAAAACCCCAAACCCACAAGUAUUCCUCUAGAGAGAGCUGUUUUCUCUUCUGCUCCUUUAUUUGUGCAAUGAAUAGGUUGUGAAAAGGUCUCUGCCCGAGCAUCCCCCCCUGCCCGGGCUCGGCGUGUUUGGGGUGAAGGAGGGCAGAGCUCCAAACCCUUCGUAGGAUGAAGCUGAAGCAGGGGGGAAGGGAGACAGAACAUGGGAUCAAAAGCAUGGCCUUGGCUUCAUACCACACUUUCUGUGCCUUGUUCUAUCAAUGUAAAUUCUGAAUGUUGUACAGUGAAAAUACUUGGGAAAGACUCCUUGGAAAAGGCUGCACUGGCUUCUUUUUUCAGCACAUGUACAUAUAUAAAUAGCUAUACAUAUAUAUAUAUUUGGUAAUGCCAACCAGCUGUGUUCUGUUGUCCUGGAGAAGUCAAAGUGGACCCUUUGGGUGUUUUCUGUCGAGUUGCAGAGCUGUGCGGCCCCGUUGGCGAGAGGUGUACAGGUGGGAAUGAUGGAUAUCAGCUAUUUAUGAAUAAAGAGUCUUUUACUGA